UGCUGAUGAAGGAGUCUGAGUGAAAGCAGCUGGAGAGAUAACACAGACUCAUCUUCCGGAACUUUAGAUGUUCUGUAGUCUUUGAUCUUCAGCAGAUAAUCAGUCCUGAAGCUCCUGAAGUUCUGGACCAGGAUUAACCCGAACAUGUCCCGAGUAGAAACUGCAGAUGUGGACUUCACCAAGAAUGGAAUCGAGGAAGAUCUGAACCACAGCACUGAGAGUGGUCAGAUGGAUCUAAAGACGGCGUUAAACGAGUGCUCGGUGGCUCUGAGUCUCUUUCUGAAUAACAGGUUUUCUGAAGCUCUGGACGUGCUCAGACCCUGGAGGGAUGUGAGUGUGUAUCAUGCGAUGGGAUAUGGAAGCAUCCUGGCCAUGCAGGCCGGAAUGACCUUUGACCCCAGGGACAUGCAGACCGCUAUGCUGGCCCUGAAGGACGGCCUCAACACCUGCCAGAAGCUGAGGAAGAGGCAGAGCACCGUCCUGGACGCCAUUUCUUACAUGGUGUAUAAACAUGAACCCGAGCAGAUGACUGAAGAGGAGAUGCAUGCAGAGCUGUGCUAUGCUGAGGUUCUCCUGCAGAUGGCAGCACUCAGCUUUGUGGAGGAUGAGAGUAUGAUCGGUUUCAUCAAAGCUGGACUUAAAAUGCGAACAAGUUACCUCACAUUCAAAGAGUGUGAGACUUUGCUGGAUAAAGGCAAAGACAACGACGCACACAACCAUUUUGUGGGCGGAGUCAAUAUGGGCAUUGGAUCCUUUAACUUGAUGCUGUCUUUGUUUCCUGCGAGGAUUCUCAGACUGCUGGAAUUUGUUGGAUUUUCAGGAAACAGAGAGGUGGGUUUGAGUCACCUGCGUCACGGAGCCGCAACCAACAGCCUGCGCUCCAUCCUCAGCGCCUUCACCCUCCUCAUGUUCAACAUCUACAUCACAGUCAUCCUGGGUACUGGUGAGUGUAACCUGGCUGAGGCAGAGGCUCUUCUAAAGCCCUACACUCUCAAAUUCCCCAAAGGUGCUCUCAUGCUGUUCUACACUGCCCGGAUUGCGGUGUUGAAAGGCGAGUUUGAGACUGCUCAGAGAAAGUUUCUGGAGUGUAUAGCGACGCAGCAGGAGUGGCGUCAGAUCCAUCACCUGUGUUACUGGGAGCUGAUGUGGGCGUAUUCGUUCCAGCAGGACUGGCUGGAGGCGUACCGCUACGCCGACCUGCUCUGUAAGGAGAGCAAGUGGUCUCAGACUACCUACGUGUUCCAGAAAGCCUCUAUCCUCAGCAUGCUGUCGGAGGAGGAGGUGAAGAAGACUGGGGAGGAUAUCACAGGACUGUUCAGGCAGGUGGACAGUCUGAGGUUGAGGUUUGCGGGGAAAUCCGUCCCCACAGAGAAAUUUGCUGCACGUAAAGCCAGACGCUACAACUCCACCAACCCAGUAAAGCUGGUUAUACCAGCACUGGAAAUGAUGUACGUGUGGAACGGCUUCACGAUCGUUGGUAAAAGGCCAGAAUUGGCCAAGAACAUCCUGACCACCAUCGAGAAGGCUGAGGAGGACCUGAAAAAACAGGCAGACAAUCCGUCGGUGUACUACGCUGAUGAUCAGAGUACUGUUCAGAUGUUGAAAGGCCUGUGUCUGAGGCACCUGGGCCGUCUGGAGCAGGCCGAGCACUGCUUCAACAAGGUCAUCUCCAGUGAGAAGACCAUCAAAUAUGACCACUAUCUGGUUCCAUUCACCAUGUAUGAGCUGGGUCUCCUCUAUAAGCAGCAAGGAGAGGUGGAGAAAGCCAUCAGCUGCAUUGAAAAGGCCAAGAUGAAUUAUAAGAACUACUCCAUGGAGUCCAGACUGCACUUCCGCAUCCACGCAGUGCUGAACAGCCUGACUGAUCCGGAGAAAACUGCACAGGACCACGACCUGACUGCUUAAACUACAAUUCAGAUAUAUAUGUGCAGAUACUUCCAUUACAGAACUCUGCUGUUUGCUGAUAUUUCAGCCUCCAGUCUUUUUCUGUCUACUAAAAUAUAACAGAAUUGAAAGGACAUAAGAAUUGGCAGAGAUUACUGUAUUUAUAUCAUGUAAUAAAAGUUUAUAAUGCAUUUGGGGGUUUAGAUUAUAUUAAAUCAAGCAACAUGUGACCUGGUCCUGUUCAGUAACACUCUAGACUGGUGGAGUAUUUUGAGCACAUUCGUGAGCACAGUGUGGGUUUUGUAUUGUCCUGCUUGUUAACUCUGAGGUCUGAUUGGAGAAGCUCUUACAGAGCGGAUUGUUUGUGACUUUCAAUGUUAAAAACAGUAAAUAAUGAAUUAAAUUA